AGCCGCCUAUCUUCUCUGCUUGGGCAAGGGAGGAAUACGUCAGGCUUGCAGAGAGGGAGAGAGAGAGAAGAGGGAGAGUGUGUGUGAGAGAGAGAGAGAGCGAGAGAGAGGCGGAGUAGGCAAGUUAAAGUUAAAGACAAUUGGAUUGGCUGCUCUCGGACUGACACUGCAAGCAUGGGGCUGGGAAGAGGGAAAGAUGAUUACAAACUGGCCGCCACGUCUGAUGGCAACAGCAAGAAAGACAAGAAGGCGAAAGAAAAAAAGGAUAUGGAUGACCUAAAGAAAGAAGUGGAUCUGGAUGAUCACAAGCUCACCUUGGAUGAGCUUCAUAGGAAGUACGGAACCGACCUGUCCAGGGGUCUGACCUCCACCAGAGCAAAGGAGAUCCUUCUCCGGGAUGGUCCGAACGCUCUGACGCCACCACCCACUACCCCCGAGUGGGUGAAGUUCUGUCGACAGCUUUUUGGAGGUUUCUCAAUGCUUCUCUGGAUUGGAGCCAUCCUCUGCUUCCUUGCUUACGGCAUCCAGGCAGCGUCCGAAGAUGAACCCGCCAAUGAUAACUUGUACCUGGGUGUUGUGCUUUCUGCCGUCGUCAUCAUCACCGGUUGCUUCUCCUACUACCAAGAGGCCAAGAGCUCCAAGAUCAUGGAGUCUUUCAAAAAUCUGGUCCCACAGCAAGCCUUGGUUAUCCGUGACGGAGAAAAGAACAACAUAAACGCAGAGGAGGUGGUGGCGGGAGAUUUGGUGGAGGUUAAAGGUGGAGACAGGAUUCCGGCGGAUCUGCGAAUCAUCUCUGCCCAGGGUUGCAAGGUGGACAACUCCUCUUUGACCGGUGAAUCCGAGCCACAGACCCGUACUCCAGACUUCUCUAAUGACAACCCACUGGAGACUAGGAAUAUUGCUUUCUUCUCUACCAACUGCAUUGAAGGCACGGCCAAAGGAAUCGUCAUCAACACCGGAGACCGCACCGUCAUGGGUCGCAUUGCCACCUUGGCGUCAAGUCUAGAAGGCGGCAAAACUCCCAUUGCCGUCGAGAUUGAGCAUUUCAUCCACAUCAUCACUGGCGUGGCUGUUUUCCUGGGUGUGUCCUUUUUCGUCCUAUCCCUCAUUCUCGGGUACGGGUGGCUGGAAGCCGUCAUCUUCCUCAUUGGCAUCAUCGUGGCCAACGUGCCGGAGGGUCUCCUGGCUACCGUCACUGUAUGUCUGACUUUGACUGCCAAGCGUAUGGCCAAGAAGAACUGCUUGGUGAAGAAUCUGGAAGCCGUCGAGACUCUGGGCUCCACCUCCACCAUCUGCUCAGACAAGACCGGCACCUUGACCCAAAACAGGAUGACGGUUGCCCACAUGUGGUUCGACAACCAGAUCCACGAGGCGGACACGACUGAGAACCAGAGCGGGACAUCUUUUGACAGGAGCUCUGAGUCCUGGGCUGCCCUGGCAAGAAUCGCCGGACUCUGUAACCGUGCUGUCUUCCUGGCAGAGCAGAGCAACAUUCCCAUCCUAAAGAGGGACGUGGCUGGAGAUGCCUCGGAGGCUGCUCUGCUCAAAUGCAUUGAGUUGUGCUGUGGAUCAGUCAAAAGCAUGCGAGACAAAUACCAAAAGGUUGCUGAAAUCCCCUUCAACUCCACCAACAAGUACCAGCUCUCCAUCCAUAAGAACUCAACCCCUGGAGAGAGCAAACAUCUGCUAGUCAUGAAGGGUGCUCCAGAGAGAAUUUUGGAUCGCUGCUCCACCAUCAUGAUGCACGGCAAAGAGCAGACACUGGAUGAGGAAAUGAAAGACGCUUUCCAGAAUGCCUACGUUGAGCUAGGAGGACUUGGAGAGAGAGUGCUCGGUUUCUGCCAUUUCAAUUUGCCCGAUGACCAGUUCCCAGAAGGCUUUGCGUUUGACACCGAGGAGGUCAACUUUCCUACUGAGAAGUUGUGCUUCAUCGGCCUCAUGUCCAUGAUCGAUCCUCCUCGUGCCGCCGUGCCAGAUGCUGUUGGAAAAUGCAGAAGCGCCGGUAUCAAGGUUAUCAUGGUAACAGGUGAUCAUCCAAUCACAGCCAAGGCCAUCGCUAAGGGUGUGGGCAUCAUCUCUGAAGGCAAUGAGACAGUUGAAGAUAUUGCGGCUCGCUUGAACGUUCCAAUAGCUGAGGUCAACCCCAGGGAUGCUAAGGCCUGUGUUGUCCAUGGUGGUGAGCUGAAGGAUAUGACCUCAGAGCAGCUGGAUGACAUCCUCAAGCACCACACCGAAAUUGUCUUUGCCAGAACCUCACCGCAACAGAAGCUAAUCAUUGUGGAGGGUUGCCAGCGACAGGGAGCCAUCGUUGCCGUGACCGGUGACGGCGUCAACGACUCUCCGGCUCUGAAAAAAGCCGACAUCGGCGUCGCCAUGGGGAUUGCCGGAUCGGACGUCUCCAAGCAGGCGGCUGACAUGAUCCUGCUGGAUGACAACUUCGCUUCCAUUGUUACUGGAGUUGAAGAAGGCCGCCUGAUUUUUGACAACUUGAAGAAGUCCAUCGCCUACACACUAACCAGCAACAUCCCUGAGAUUUCGCCUUUCCUCCUCUUUAUCAUUGCCAAUAUCCCUCUACCUCUGGGAACCGUCACCAUCCUCUGUAUCGACCUGGGAACUGACAUGGUUCCGGCUAUCUCACUGGCUUACGAAGAAGCUGAGAGCGAUAUCAUGAAGAGGCAGCCCAGAAACCCCAAAACAGACAAACUGGUGAAUGAGAGGCUCAUCAGCAUUGCCUAUGGACAAAUCGGUAUGAUGCAAGCCACAGCGGGCUUCUUCACAUACUUUGUGAUCUUAGCCGAAAACGGCUUCCUGCCCAUGGACUUACUGGGCAUUCGAGUUCUUUGGGACGACAAAUUUGUAAAUGACCUGGAGGACAGCUAUGGGCAGCAAUGGACAUAUGAGCGUAGGAAGAUUGUCGAGUUCACCUGCCACACGGCCUUUUUCGCAAGUAUCGUCGUUGUGCAGUGGGCCGAUUUGAUCAUCUGCAAGACAAGGAGGAACUCCAUCCUGCAGCAAGGCAUGAAGAACCGCAUCCUUAUCUUCGGACUGUUUGAAGAGACAGCCCUGGCUGCGUUCCUGUCAUACUGCCCUGGCAUGGACGUUGCCCUAAGAAUGUACCCACUCAAGCCAACUUGGUGGUUCUGCGCCUUCCCCUAUUCACUGCUUAUUUUCCUCUACGAUGAGGCAAGAAGAUACAUUCUCAGACGCAACCCAGGCGGUUGGGUGGAGCAGGAGACAUACUACUGAGCCAAAGUUGGACGUUAUGUACUGCCAUGUUACAUACUAGUUUGAGGCACCACACAGAUUCCAUCAAUAAAUUAAUUUCUUGAUUAUAUGUCAAUAAACAACACCCGACUAUUAUGUAACACAA